AUGCCACUGUCCAUGGCGAACGUCCCCCCACCCUCCUCACUACCGUCACCAGCCGAAGGGAUCGGCCGGGGGGAUGAUCGGUUGAAGGCUCCCCCAUCGCCACCACCGCGUUCCGACUCACCUCCGUCUCAACCGACCGGAAGUGCUACCGGUGGCAUCAUCGUUCCCGCGGCCGUGGCCAACUUUUCCGUGAUAAACUACGUCGGUAAAACACAGAAGCAAUCAUCCUACAAAGCAUCCGUCCGGUGCCGGACACCGUACGAACGGUGCACCAACGUCCGAUCGACGGCUGGUGGAGUUUUAGCGGCCACGAACCGAACCAUGGAGUCGCAGCUGGACGAUACGACCAAUUCGUCGACGUUUUCGUCCCUCGAGUUUGGAUGCAAUAGUCUCAGUCACAGUCUCAGCAACAGCACGGGCAUCGGGUGUGAGACGAGCCCGGAAUCGAGCGAUCAGCAGGACAGUAUCGAUCCGGAAGAUGGCAGCACUUCCGGUCAUCGGUUGCGCAGCCGUCGGUCGAUGAGCGUUUCCUCUAGCGGGUGUUCGAGCUCGAUGGAUGACAGGAAUUGCGAUUUUUCGCCCCUCGGAAGCAUCGUCAGUUGUCGGUGCAACUCGUACAGCAUGUCCGACUUCGAUGACGAUGGGUUUCGCGAGGAUGCAAGCGUAUCCUCGGCGUAUGGUGGCGUGCGAGAGUCUGCGUCUCGAUCGUACCAUGCACACCACCAUCCGUUACACCAUCACCACCAGAGUGUACCGCAUCAUCCGAACAACCACAAGGGACUGUUCGAUAUCGCACUGAAGACGGUGAAGUUGAUCCGGCGCAAUCAGGAGUUGCAGCUGCGGUUGGCCCAGCUGCAGGAGGAAACGAACGCGUUCAUCGACUCGGUGAUGGCCAACCCGGAGAAUGAGUCGUUGCGGUCGCACUUUUACGGUGCCCAGAGCAAGCGGCUUCCGACGCCGGUCACGGUGCAAAAGUGAUCCGGCCCAUGCCGGUGGCAAGGAGGACUCAAGCGCUACAACUAACUAUACUACUGGUGUCCUGUCGUUCGUAUCCUAGAAUUAUUGUAGGUUAAGCUUCCCCUCUCAGCUUUUCCAAAGGCCCGGCGAGAGAGUGCUAC